AUGGUUUUUGCUUACUUGAAAAAAAGAUGUAUUGAAUAUUAAUAUAAUCCUAACCUCAAAAAGCAUAUUGCUAUUAAUUUAAUUUUAAUCGUUCUAACAAUAAUUAUUAGGACCCUAUUUGAAAUCUAUUUGAGGUAGUAAUUAACAUCAUUGAAUGAAUUUAAUUAGAUUUAAUCUGAAAAAUAGUCUUAAGAAAAUAAUGAAAUAUAAAUUAAUAAUCCAACAUUGUAGAAACAAAAUAAUCAUCUAAAAUUAUCAUACAUGAUCUUAGAUUAAUUGCUUCAUCUUAUGUUGUCACUAGAAAUAAUAGCAUUAAUUUUUUAGAUAACAUUAAUUAUAAAUAAAGAAAAAUAAGAAUUACCAAUAUUGGAUCCGCUGUUAAAAGAAUAAAAGGAUAUGAGUUGCUCUUUAUAAUUUGUAAAAAGUUCCAAUUAUGGUAUCUCGAGUAUUUAAAACAACCAACCAACUUAUAAUUCAAUUGAGAUGUUAACGUUAUCCAGAAAUAAAGGUACACCAAAUUAAAUUAAAAAUUAAUUUGAAGAACGAUCUCCUCUUAAUGUUAAAUAAUAUCAAUUAGAAAAAAAUGUCAAUUUAUAAAAAUAAGAAAUUCCUUAUAUAUAAGAAGAAAACAAUACUCAUUCUAACAUUUAAAUAUAAUCAGACAAUUAAAUUCUUGAAAUACCUUCAAACAAAUCUAUACAAAAUAUACCAUCAAACAAAAAAAUAAAUUAAGUUGAAUAAAGUAAUACAAAAAAUUAAACUUAAUAAAUAAUAUAUUCAAAAAUAUUAGGCAGAGCUUAGAAAUGUAUAAAUGGUAACUAUCAGAAUAUUUAUAUUAUUUAAAAGUGUGAAAAAUAAGAAAAUUGUAAUUUUUUUUGGAUUUCAUAAAUAAAAAGUACAAAUUAUUUCUGUUUAAAUUGUGAUUAGAAGAAUAUAAUAGUUUAAAAUAAUGAAUAAUUUGAAAUUAAGAAUAAUUAAAAUAUUAAGAUUAAUAAGUUUUUUUAAUCUAAUAAAUUUGAAUAAUAAUUAGAUGAGAUGAUAUAAAUUUAUAAAGAUACCUAAUUAAAAUUUUGUCAUAGUUUUUAAUUUUGUGGAUUUUUUUGGAUAAAAAAUAAAUAAGAUAAUUAAAAUGAAUAUUAUUGUCCAAUAUGCUAAGAAACAUAUAUAACAUAAAAUGGAGAAAAUAAAGAAACUAUUUAUAAAGAUAUAAUUAGUUAAUGUUCUUAUUGUUGUGUUAAUACAUCUUAAUAUUUCUAAGCAACUUGUUUUCAUACAUAUCAUUUUGAAUGUUUAAAAGAAUUAGGAAAAAAUUAAAUGUAAACAAAAAUACUUUGCAUUAUUUGCAAUAUGAAUAUGAUGAGUUGUCUAAAAAGAAAUAAAAUGUUACCAUAAGAAACAUUUGAAAAAAUUUUUACUAAUUAAAUAUAGAGAAUUAGAGAGGAAACAAUGCAUGAAGGAGUUGAGGAUUUAGAAUGA